AUGGAAUGUACACGUCAUACGGCAUAUAUAGUAUAUUUAAGUGAUGGAACAUGCACUCGUAAACAAUUUGAGUUAGAGAGUUUUUCAUGGGAGCAUGCAGUUGUGGUGGCUAUGUAUCGAGGAUUUGCAGCGAGAACAUUGUGCUCUCCUUAUUACACUGCUGAAAAUUGGAGAGCUGCGUAUGUUGAAACCAUAUUUUCGUUUCCAAACGAAGCCGAGUGGGAAGUUCCCGAUCAUAUUCACUUGUUCAAUACAUUGUCGCCACCUCUCAUUGAACCACAUAGUCCUGGACAUCCAAAUACUUCUAGAAUACCAUCUACUGGAGAGUUUUCCCGACCGCGUAGGUGUAGCAGGUGCAAAACAGUAGGACAUACUCGCCAAUUUUGUAUAAGUCAGGUUCCCUUAAAUGACAGUCAGAGCAUUGUGUAUUUCCAUUGA